AUGUGGCGGAGUGUUGCGCGCAGUCUGUUGUGGCGGCGGCGGCAGCAGCAGCAACAGUGGAGGUGGAGGUCGCGCGCCUUGUCUUCUUCGCCGCUCGCCCUUGCCCUCGCGCCGGGGCGGUGGGAGGCGACGGCGCCUCGGCGCUCCUCCAGCAGCCAGGCUGGCUUGCGCGAGCUGUUCGAGCUGCCGGCGCUGCAGCGCUUCCUGGAGCGGCAGCAGCAGGAGCCGGGACUGCUUCGCGGGGCUUCGUGGCCGGACUUGGCAGCGCGGAUUCGCCUCCUGCGGGAGAAGGAGCAGGAGCUGCGCGACAUGGAGCGCCUGGCGCAGGAAGGUGAGGCCGCCUCGGCAGACUCCGUAGCCACAGCCCGCUUGGCGCUCGUUGCCCUAAGCCGCAGCCGCCUUCAGUGGUGGCUGCCACACAGCUUGCUACCUGCCUGCACCAGAGGGAGAGCGGCGAGUCUUCCCGGGCUUGGCUCUCUCCUGCAGGGACCAUCCCAUCUCGCCGUCAUAUUAGUACCUGCAUUUAGUGCACUGAAAUUCUUAUACAGGGGCCGGGUAUUUUAGUUGUAUUAUCGUUACAGGCAUUAUUUGCUAACAAUAGCUGUAUUCUAGAUGAACAUGAAGAUUUGCGGAAGCUGGCGGAAACAGAAGCUGUUUCCUGUCAGGAAGAGAUAGCAGAAUUGAAACACCAGGUACAUUGCUUCCUUUUUUUAUUCCUUUUAUUUAAAACAUUGCUUUUCAUUGUGGGAACAAUUCCAGAGUGGAAUAUGAUAUGCAAUAUUGUUUUCAUAUACAGUCAACCUUGGUUGCUGAACGCCUGGAACUGGUUAAGUUUCGGCUCCCGAACAAUAGAAAACCAGAAGUGAGUUUUUUAACGAUAUUCGGAAGCCGAAUGUCCUUCUGGUUUCUGCAGCCAAUCGGAAGCUGCGCCUUGGUUUUCAAACGGUUUCGGGAGUCGAACGGAUUCCUCAAACGCAUUCUGUUCGAGAACCAAGGUACAACUGUAUAUAUAUUGAUUAUUGUUCUUAUUGCAUGUGUUCCAGCAAGGUAUGUGAUAGGAUACUGUUGGCUGAAGAUUUUAUUUGGGUAGAAAGGCAUCCCUUUUUCGUUUCAGAUUGUAUUGCUUUUGAUUCCUUCAGAAGAAACAGAUAGAAGUGAUCUCAUCAUGGAAGUGACUGCUGGAGUUGGAGGGCAGGAAGCAAUGCUGUUCACAGCAGAGAUGUUUGAUAUGUAUCAACAGUAUGCUGCAUAUAAAAAGUGGAAUUUUGAAGUUCUGGAAUAUGCUUCCAGUGACAUAGGUAAGUAACCAGUGCAUAUACCAGUGUCACCCUACACAUUACAUUGCUGCAGGGGACAUCUUAUUUUUUCUGCUGCUAAAUAUGAGUGUUGGAGUAUGAAUGGUUAUAUAUCAUUGAAAUCCAGCAAACAUGUCUAGGAAUCUUGUAGAGGUUUGCCCAGUAUGCACCUAGUGUUUAAAGAUGCAUGCACUCUUGUGUAUGACAACCACAUGAGUAAAAUGAAAAUAGUAGCAUAAAAACAGUGUGAAGCCGCCUUCAGUAACCCUCUUAGAAUACUCUGCUGAAGAAAUUGCAUCCAACAAUUACAUCCAAUUAGACCCAACAACAACUGGAGGGCCAGUUCCUUACCCAAUUAUAUGUUGGUUAUAAUAAUGACCUAGUUUAUAGGAAUAUUAUAUGAAUUAAUGAGAAUUUUCAUAGGUUGGCUAUGAUAGGCCUUUCCACAGCUGAUUGCACUAAGGAAUGGACCAAAGAUAUGGACCGGAAGAGUGUUGGAGGCAGAAAACUGUGAUUAAUUAGAAACUUCCUGGUUUGAUCGUUGUGGCGUUAAGGGGCUGCAUGUGCAGGCAAAGGCACAAACCAUGGGCAUGAACAUAUGUCUGGUUAAUAAGAUCAGAGAUGACUGUCUGAACUUAACCAGUGUAAAAGCAAUAAUAUACAUGAGUGGGACCCCCAACAAAAUACUGUGGUGUGGAAUACUCCUGUUUGGUGUUCCAGCCAGCUCUUUCUUCUUCCAGGAUGUUCCAUUCCCUUUCUUCUCCUGCUGGUUUUCUGCCUUUACUACUCCAACAGACACUCAGCAUUCUUUGGCUGCUGUUCAUGUUCAGUCCUUAAUGGUUUGAAUUUAUUUGAGGGUGAAGUGGGGUGGGUGGUGGGCGUCUUAGGUUCUUUAUGCUGAUGAAUUUUUCUACUUCUGCCAACCUUAGGGUUCUCCUUAGCAUGGUGAUACCCCCUUUAACUCAAUAACACUCAAGUUUGUUAUCAGUAUAUCCGGUUAUUUAUAAACUUUCUAGGAACGGGGCAAAAAUUUAGAACAAAAUACAAACUCUGGUUGCAAGCUUAAAAUCAUCAGUCACCAUAUAAAUCCUUCAGCGAACUUUUCCAAAUGGAUUGUACUAUACAGUUACAGUGCAUUUUUAUUUUUAUUGAAGGUGGUUUGAGACAUGCAUCUGCUGUUAUAGGAGGCCUCGACACAUAUAAACAAAUGAAGUUUGAAGGGGGCGUACAUCGUGUCCAGAGAGUGCCUAAGACAGAAAAGCAAGGACGCAUUCACACCAGCACAAUGACUGUAGCAAUUUUACCACAACCAGAUGAGGUAUGAUACAGUUACACAGUUGCAGAGUUGUAGGACUAGAUGACGCUAAGGUCCCUUUUCAGUGCUACAAUUCUAUGAUUCUAAGUAGGUGCUCAAAUACUCUGCUUUCAGAUAUGCUCUUUUAUGUAGACUUACUAUGCUCAGAAUAAUUAUUUAUUUUAUUACUUGAUUAUUUCAUUUAUAAUCCACCUUUCCACCAAGGAGCUCUAGGUGGUAUACAUAGUUCUCUGCAGAAGGCAGCUUAUUGUUUCGGAAGAGUGUUUUAAAGGGUGGUGGGUGCCCCAGGUGUCAGUGAAAAACUUGCUUUGUCAUUUUAAAUAAGAAUGAUUUGUAAAUAGAAUUAUCUGGCUGUUCAUUUACAAAGCAUAAGUUGAGUGUGUCUCUUUCACGUUGCAGAUAAAUUUGACAAUUAAUCCUAAAGACUUGCGUAUUGAAACUAAACGAGCCAGUGGGGCUGGUGGUCAGCAUGUAAAUAAAACUGAUAGCGCUGUAAGAAUCGUCCAUAUUCCCACAGGUACAUUACAGCUUUCUGCCUUGAUGAAAUCUGUUUCUGCAUAUUAUGAUUUACACAAACAGUGAGCAUGGCUUAGUAGCAGUGCAAUGCUGUGUAGGCAGAAGUCCAGGAGUCAGUGUGGAUACUGCUGCCAGUCAGAGUCGAUGGCCUGAGUGGUCUCAUUCAGUGUCAGGGGUCACCUUCUUACUGCCAUUGUUGGGCCAGCUCUGAGUGGCUGCAGACUUCUGUGCCUGCCAAGGACAUAACACACAGGUACUAAGAAGCUGCAGACAGGCUAGAAGACUGGUAGAAAUGGUGGGGUGGAAUUAACUGGAAGUGAGGGCAGAGACACAGAGGGCUGGUGGCUGGAAAAUAAACCAAUAACCUGAGCACGGGGUGAGGUGGAGGAAACAGGAUACAAGAACAUGAGGAGACGGAGACGGGCAGGAAGUAGUUAAUAGUGUGUAGGUGGGAAGCAGGUGGUGUGUGAGAGGGAGCCAGUGGAAAAAGCAUGGAUGUAGGCAGCAAAUGCCGUUAAAAUGAGAACUGGACAAGCCACCAGAGGGAAGCAAAUGGCAUGCAGAAUGCAGAGGUCACAAAAAGCCUGCACACAUUACCACUGCUAGAUGAAGGUGUUUGGCCCUGAGAUGCUGACCCAUGGAAGAAGCCACCUGCUGACCAACCCAUGCAGCUAGUCUUGACUAUGCAUUACCCACCAGGGAUCACUACCCUAGAGAAAGCUCUGAGAACACCUUAAUUAUAUAAGGUGUUAAAAAAACAUACGUUGAGUAAGUUAGCUUUGUGCUAGGGAGAUUCAUGGAAUGGGGAGGUAUUGCGUCCACCUGAGUGACACUCAUUGUAAGGCAACUUCAUAUAUACAUGUCAGAAAACCUAGGUUUGCCACCAGUACUGCUUCUCCAACAAGUGUAUUUGGGUGACUAACACAUCCACAAAUACAUAAUUUUUCCAUUCAUAUUCAAAACGUUUGCAUGUACAGGUAAUAAAUGUUGCGUUAACCUGUGAAUUCAGUGAUACCUUAAUCAUUGCUUUAAAAAAAUAGAUUAUCAGUGUCCUUUGCAUGAAUUUUCACUUUGAACUACAGUUUUUACCAACCAUAAGUGUGAAUUCUGCAGAUAGUAUUUGAAUUCCUGGAGUAUGUGGGAAUUAGUUAUAGUUAACAGUGCAAAGGGUUUGUGUUUCCACAUUUAACCUCUUUUGAUGCUAUUUGCAACAGACAGUGUACCUUCUGAAUAGCCUACCCGUAGUAAAGCAUAAUCACAGCAAGGUCCUUCCUUUCUUACAAAUCUACUUAAUAUUUAGCUUUUCCUAUUUCUCUUUUCCAGUCCUCAGUGCCUUCCCUCUUUUCUGCUUAAAUUGCAACAUAGCAUAGCAAUGUAUUUGGUUUUUUUCUGUUUGGGGCUAAAUGCCUACCAGACGUCCUGCUUCUAGUGCAGGGUUGACUAACCUUUGAGUAUCCAGAUCCUUUUGGAUUCCAGUUCUUUUCGCGUAGUCGGGGAUGAUGGGCCCUAGGAACAGUGCUGUUCCCACUGGAGCUUAUUGCUUUCGUUUUGCUAUCUUGGUAAUCACCAGGCUUCACACUGCUGCCAUUACAGUAGCAUAUACUUCCCCAAGCCCUGAGUUCAGAAACUAGCAGUUGUGUAACUUAAAUUGCUUGUCAGAUCUCACUGUGCUCCUUGAAAGUUGGCCUUCAUCCUUCCCUUAGCACUCUUUGUUUUGUUUUUGACUGACAUCAUUUUUCUUGCUGCUGCAGGUGUUGUGUCUGAGUGUCAGCAGGAAAGAUCUCAAAUAAAAAAUAAAGAAAAGGCUAUGAAGAUCCUUCGUGCCAAGCUAUACAGUAUCAAACUUGAAGAAGAGACCAGAAAAACAGAAAUUGCUAGAAAGAUUCAGGUAAUGUUUAAUUUACUCUUCAUCAGUGCCUGGAAACUUGAGUUUAAGUUCUACUGGGACAAAUACGUACAUCAAACAUGACAAGAAGGCAUGAGCUGAUGAUAUAAUUGGGCUGGAGGGCGCAAAGAAGAAAUCUACAGCAUGAAGCUUGGAAUUUUAAUAGGCAUUGUGUGGUGGAGAAAAAAUAGGUUUCUUAAACAACACAGUGAAGUAGAGUAAUUUAACAAUUAACACCUCACUUAAAAUAAAGUGAGCAUAAAGCUUACCAGCAUGUCUGUUAAUACCCUUAAGUGUAUCCCUGAAACUAAUAACAGUACUUAUUAGUGUGCACCCCGACUUUUAUAGCUGUGCUCAGAAUGCGAGGAAACUGCCCUCACAGUUCUUCUGGUAGCACCUUGGGCAGAGGUGUGGUAUAGUAGUUAGUGUAUUUGUGCAGGGAAAAUAAGUUUCCUAUAGUGUUUUCCUUGUUAACUCUUCAUGCUAUACAUUUGCAUCUCUAAUAUGUUUUCCGUCCAAUCCAUGCAUGUAUCUGAGCUCUUGUUCAUGGCACAAUAACCCAGUUAGUCGCCAAGGAACUAGAUACAGCAUGCUUUUGUUUUCUUCAUAUUCUGGCAAGGUGUCUCUGAGAGCCCAAGACACCUCCAAGUGCAUCUGCUCUCCCUCCUGUUCCCUUUAAAAGUUUGACUGGCUGAGAGAAGUGAUGCCUCAAUUUGUCAGAAGCAGGAAAUGUUAUAAGAGAUGCAGUACACAUGUUCUGUUUCUCCUACUUACAGUAGUUGCUUUUUAGGUGUAAGCAUAAUGGAGAGAGCUAUAAGCCUCUCCUGUUACACUACAUUUAUUUAUUUUGCUCAAGCAAUUUAGAGCAUAAGCUAUUCAGGGUGAGGGCUUAUCUUCUGGGUCUUUUUGGUUAUGUUAACUCUGCAAAGGAUUAGGUAUAUAUAAAAAAACCCUGAUCGAAUUUUUCUUUUUCUGAUUAGACUGGGUCCAGAGGAAGGUCGGAGAAAAUCAGAACCUACAACUUUCCCCAGGAUCGUGUUACUGAUCACAGAAUAAGCAGAUCAGUGCAUGACAUUGAAAGGUUCAUGUUGGGGGAGGAACUGCUAGAUGACAUGAUAAAGUCCCUAAGAGAAUAUGCUGAUUAUGAGACUGUAUUGGAAGUUAUUUCUGAAAGUGAUCCAACCAGGCUGAGAUGA